GGUCGGACCGGACCAAGCCCGACUAACCCUCACUUACCCGGGUCGGGUCGGGGAUCUCAAGCUAUUAGCACCGCCCUCGCUAUAUAUGCAUGGAGAACCCCCGAGGGUUAAAACCCCCGCCGCCUCUUUCGCUGAGGGGGCCAAAACCCUAACCCUAAACUUCCCAUUCCGGUACGUUGACGUCGAUCUGCGAACCGAGCCAUCUCUUCCUUCCCUCGCUUCCGGAAAAAAAUCCAGGUUUGUUGGUUAAAUAUUGAGAAGAUGGUGCAAUACAACUUCAAGAAGAUUACUGUUGUGCCAUCCGGGAAGGACUUCAUUGACAUCAUCCUUUCCCGCACUCAGCGACAGACCCCAACGGUGGUCCAUAAGGGAUAUGCCAUCUCCCGCCUUCGUAAAUUCUACAUGCGGAAGGUGAAGUUUACUCAGCAGAACUUCCAUGAGAAGCUCACUGCUAUCAUUGAUGAGUUUCCUCGGCUGGAUGAUAUCCACCCAUUUUAUGGGGAUCUCCUCCAUGUCCUCUACAACAAGGAUCACUACAAGCUUGCCCUUGGCCAGAUCAACACUGCUAGAAACAUUAUUGGAAAGAUUGCAAAAGACUAUGUAAAGUUGCUCAAGUAUGGGGACUCAUUGUACCGAUGCAAGUGCCUGAAGGUUGCUGCUCUCGGUCGCAUGUGCACUGUUAUAAAGCGCAUUGGCCCAAGCUUGGCUUACCUGGAGCAAAUACGCCAGCACAUGGCCAGGCUUCCCUCUAUUGACCCCAAUACUCGUACAAUUUUGAUCUGUGGGUACCCAAAUGUUGGAAAGAGCUCUUUUAUAAAUAAGAUUACAAGAGCUGAUGUGGAUGUCCAGCCAUAUGCCUUCACAACCAAGUCCUUGUUUGUCGGUCAUACUGAUUACAAGUAUCUCCGUUAUCAAGUAAUAGACACUCCUGGGAUUCUAGACCGACCAUUUGAGGACAGGAACAUUAUAGAGAUGUGCAGCAUCACGGCAUUGGCACAUUUAAGGGCUGCUGUGCUGUUCUUCUUGGACAUUUCGGGAUCCUGUGGCUAUAGCAUUGCUCAACAGGCAGCACUCUUCCACAGCAUCAAGUCAUUGUUCAUGAAUAAACCGCUGCUUAUUGUCUGCAACAAGAUCGAUCUGCAGCCUUUGGAAGGGCUUUCCGAGGACGACAUGAAGUUGGUAAUGGAGAUGAAGGCUGAGGCAAUAAAAACUGUAAUAGCCCAGGGUGGCGAGCCUAAUGAUGAGGGUGCCUUGUUGCCUAUGAGUGCUUUGACUGAUGAUGGAGUAAUAGCCGUGAAGAAUGCUGCCUGUGAGAGGCUUCUGAACCAGAGGGUAGAGAUGAAGAUGAAAUCAAAGAAGAUCAAUGAUUGUUUGAAUCGGUUUCAUGUUGCAGUUCCCAAACCACGUGACACUAAAGAGCGGCCUCCUUGUAUUCCUCAGGCUGUCUUGGAAGCCAGGGCGAAGGCCAGUGCAGAGAAGGAAAAGAGGAAGCUGGAGAAAGAUCUGGAAAAUGAGAAUGGUGGAGCUGGUGUUUAUUCUGCUAAUCUAAGGAAGCGUUAUAUUUUGGCAAAUGAUGAAUGGAAGAAGGACAUAAUGCCAGAGAUUUUGGAUGGACACAAUGUGUAUGAUUUUGUUGAUCCAGACAUUCUACAGAGGUUGGAGGAGUUGGAAAGGGAAGAAGGGCUUCGUCUAGUAGCAGAGGCAGAGGAGGAGGAUUUUGAGAUGGAUGGGAAAGAGUUAACCCCUGAGGAGCAAGAAGCUUUGGCUGAAAUUAGAAAGAAGAAGAGUUUGCUAAUCCAGGAACAUAGAAUGAAGAAGAGCACUGCUGAGAGCCGUCCCAUAGUGCCAAGAAAGUUUGACAAGGACAGGAAAUUCACAUCUGCUAGAAUGGGAAGGCAGCUAUCUUCUUUGGGGUUGGACCCCACUGCAGCUAUCGAUCGUGCUCGGAGCAGGUCUGUCUCUAGAAGAGGCCGCAAAAGGGAGAGGUCACUGGCUAGAGAAGAUGGAGACGCUAUGGAUAUCGAUGAUGAACAAUCCAGCAAGAAGCUGCGUACAAGGUCGAGAUCAAGGUCAAGGUCGAAAUCACGACCACCUGGUGAAGUUACACCCGGAGAAGGAUUCAAGGAUUCAGCGCAGAAGCUCACGGCGCUUAAGAUAGCAAAGAAAUCUGUGAAGGAUAGGAAUAAGGCAGCUCGCCGGGGAGAGGCUGACAGAGUCAUUCCUAACUUGAAGCCGAAGCAUUUAUUCUCUGGGAAACGUUCAAUCGGAAAGACUAGCAGGCGUUAAGAGGUGCUUAUUUCCAUUGACAUUUUGCAACAUAGAAUCCUGUUAUACAGCAAUCAGUUGCGAGGGUUUUUGAGCAGCCUAAGAUGUCGGAGUGAUGUUUUGCUUUUUUGCCUUCAUUUUUUUUCAGAAAGAAAGGUCAUGAUGUUCUACUCUCUGUUUUUUUUUUUUUUUGGGUUCCUCUGUUGACACCUUUAUAUCGAGGUUCCUGUCUUCUAUGACUUAAACAUGCUAGACCUUUAUUUGAGUGGCAAGUUUUGGUUGAAAUUAAACAGUCAGUUAUCUUGCUUGAUUAUUGUGGAAUGGAUGGUCUUUUAUUUUGCUGAAUGGCCUUCAUGAUGUAGAUGAUCAAGUACUGUUCUUUUUUCCCCAGACAGAUGCAUCAUAUUCUUUUGCAGUUGGUCUUUUCUUUA